AUGGCGGAUGAUGAUGGACCUUGGUAUGACGGAUUAAUCGAUGAGUGGGAUAAGGAGCAUCGUGCUCGUGCCAUUGAGAAGGGAGAUCUUGUAGUUGCUAUGCGCAUGAGGGGUCAUUCUGCUGAUGACUUUACUUACGACCCGCGGUACGAGCCUUACGUUCGGAGAUUGGGUCUUCUCCCAUUCGUGUUGCAGUUUAAGCGACACGCUCCGCCGGUGAACCACGCGGCGCUGACCGCACUUGUGGAUCGUUGGAGGCCGGAGACUCACUCGUUCCACCUUCCAUGUGGGGAGAUGACGAUGACCCUACAGGACAUGGCUAUGAUAAGCGGCCUUCCUAUCAACGGACAAGCUGUUACCGGUCGUGUGAGCGUUGGUAAUUGGCGAGAACGGACUGGCAUUUUAAUUGGUGUUGAGCCCGACGGCCCUCAGGAAGGCAAGGCCGAUACCGCAAGAGUGAGGCAUUCCUGGCUAAAACUGGUCAGAGGAAACACCAAUCCGUGCCCUCAGGGUGCCAAUGAUGUGGUUGUGCAGCAGUACGCGCGGGCCUAUCUUUGGUAUGUACUAACCAAGGUAGUCUUCUCAGAUGCAACCGGGAACUCAGCCCUCUGGAUGUUCUUGGAGCUACUCAAUAACUGGGAUACCCAGUAUAGCUGGGGUUCGGCCGCACUAGCAUAUUUGUAUCGCCAGCUUGACUUGGCGUGUCGGAGGAAGGGAGAUACAUCCUCAUUGUCUGGGUUUGUUUGGAGUCUAUCCGUGUGGAUGUGGGAGAGGAUCCCGGUAGGACGGCCCGAUUUCAAGAACCCCCUCAUGGCAAACCCACGGGGUAAUCAUGACGGGUUGCAUGAUGAUGAUCCCUAUCGGCGCCCUACGCUUGCUUACUAUUGGGAACAAGUGACAGUCUACACAGGAAGCUCGCAUGUGCGAUACAAGUGCUAUAUGAACGAGCUGGACACCUUGACUGAUAUAUCGGAUUGGGCAAACAAACACCAUGCGUGGAUAGAAAUUUGGAAUCAAAGAGACACGUUAGUGCAAUCAGAGAAUAGACCUCACAAUCAGUCAGCAUAUCAGAAGUACCAAGUGUGGUAUGCGGAUCGUUACCGGUUAAAGCUGAAGCCUGGUUGGACUCAUGAGGAGUGGUCGGAGUUGGUGUCUGAAGACCCGGAGACUGCACAAGGUUAUCAAACCUUCAACAUGGCUGUGAGAGACACCAGAGGGGCUCACGUUGACUAUGCACCGAUGCAUGAUGAAAUGGGCAGAGAGUUGCUUCUGUGCGUCAACGAUGCCAAUGUUGCACUGAGUCAUCCACCUGGUGGUGCAUUAUCUGAGAGGACUCUUAGGAGCACGAUGGAGAAGUUCAAGAAGCGGUUUCAUAAGAUGGCAGCAAUGCUUUCUUGCCAUGGUGCUCAGUCCAGUGACGUGUAUGCACCUGGUAGCCGCGCCGCCACAGCUAAUAGACGGCGUUAUCUACAGAACAAUGAGGACAUGGAGGAGGAGUUCCAUGAAGAGGAGCCAUCACAUCAAGAGGAGCCAACACAUCAUGAGGAGCAUGAGUAUGAUGCAACACAUGAAGAGGAUCAUGAGUAUGAUGUUGAUGCUCCACAACCAUCACAGGCUACACAACCAACACAAGGCAAUGCUUCACAACCAUCUAGGAAAGGCAAAGCCAUAGCUAAGAGACCAGGCAAGAAAGGUAGAAAGAAGACAUGGAACACACAAUUCCAUAGUCCGGAGUAUCCUCAUAAGCUUAUCCCAAUAGGAAUGCAACGAUAUAAGGCCAACACUGAGGCGGAGGAGGAGGCAUACAACGAAGAGGAGGAGGACGAGACUAGCGAAGAGGAGGAGCCUACACUUGCAACCAUGGUGAAGAGAGGAAGGAGGAAGUGA